CUCUUCUCUUUUUUCCAGUUCAAGCUCUCUCUCUCCUCCCUCUUUCUCUCUCUAAAAUCUGCAUCUCACUCUUUCCGAGCAUAUUCCUCUGCUCUAAUCUAUAAAUCCACACCUGAUUUAUUUCACUUCUCUGAAGCAGCAAGCUUUUCCCGAGUUCUUCCAAUGGCUUUCGAUGAGGACGUGGAGAGCUGCGGCAGCCGAGCGGUGCUGUCGUCUCAGGCGCAGCCUCGCCACCACCGGCAGAAGCUGGAGGUCUACAACGAGGUGCUCCGACGAAUCCAAGAGUCCAAUUUUGAGGAGGCCAAUCUUCCUGGAUUUGAUGAUCAGCUAUGGCUUCAUUUCAAUCGGUUGCCUGCUCGUUACGCGUUGGAUGUGAAUGUGGAGAGGGCAGAAGAUGUUCUAGCACAUAAGAGAUUGCUGCAAUUUGCAGAAGACCCUGCUAAUCAACCUGCCUUUCAAGUUCGCUCUGUGCAGGUUUAUCCUGUCUUCAAUGGAAAUUCUGUUGACUCGGUCCAUUCAGACUCUUCGAUGAAAGAAGAUGCACAAAGUUCUUACAGUUACUCUAACGGACGAGGGAUUCAUGCACCUCCCACCUUUGGUUCAUCUCCUACUCUUGACGCACUGGCACUUCAAGCCAAUAGAUACCAUGUUGAAGAUGGAGGUAGUGCUAUGAGUGCAACACCAGUCUUUUCGGGGCCUAUGCAUGAGAUCACGUUUUCAACAGUUGACAAGCCCAAACUUCUUAGUCAGUUAACUUCAUUACUUGCUGAGAUUGGACUGAAUAUUCAAGAAGCUCAUGCUUUCUCCACUGUUGAUGGAUUUUCUCUUGAUGUUUUCGUGGUUGAUGGGUGGAAAUACGAGGAAACGGAGGAGCUCACAAGUGUUCUAGAAAAGGAAAUUUCAAAAUUUAAGGAGCAACCUUGGUCAAAACCACAUCCAAUCGCUGCUGUUGGUGAGGACAAUCAAACAAGGGAUGAGUCCUUCCCCAGUUGCAUAGAAAUACCAACUGAUGGAACAGAUGUCUGGGAGAUUGAUGCAAGGCAGCUGAAAUUUGAGAACAAAGUUGGAUCUGGGUCAUUCGGUGAUCUGUACAGAGGUACUUAUUGUACUCAGGAAGUUGCCAUAAAACUUCUCAAACCUGAGCGUGUCAAUGCAGAGAUGCUCAGGGAUUUUUCACAGGAAGUUUAUAUAUUGAGGAAGAUUCGGCACAAGAAUGUUGUGCAAUUUAUAGGAGCAUGUACACGACCUCCAAACCUAUGCAUUGUGACAGAAUUUAUGUCCAAAGGAAGUGUAUACGAUUUUCUGCAUAAGCACAAGGGUGUGUUUAAGCUUCCAUCUCUACUCAAAGUAGCAAUUGAUGUCUCCAAGGGAAUGAACUAUUUGCACCAAAAUAAUAUAAUCCACAGGGAUCUUAAGACUGCCAAUCUUCUUAUGGAUGAACAUGAAGUCGUUAAGGUUGCUGAUUUUGGGGUUGCCAGAGUGCAGACUCAAUCUGGAGUGAUGACAGCUGAAACUGGUACAUACCGCUGGAUGGCUCCUGAGGUCAUCGAACACAAACCAUAUGAUCACAAGGCAGAUAUUUUCAGUUUUGGAAUAGUACUAUGGGAGCUUCUAACUGGACAAAUCCCCUACUCAUCCUUGACCCCGUUACAAGCAGCAGUAGGUGUGGUGCAAAAGAGCCUACGACCUACAAUUCCCAAGACCACUCACCCAAGAUUCGCCGAACUGCUUGAGAGAUGCUGGCAACAGGACCCGACUCAAAGACCCCCCUUUUCCGAUAUUAUAGAAAUCCUGCAGAAUUUGGCCAAAGAGGUUGGAAAUGAGGGAGAAGAUCGACGCAGACCUGGUGGUUUUUUCUCGGCACUUAGAUGGGGCAAUCACUGAGCACGGUUGAGAGAAAUCUGAUCUUGCAUGUGGACCAUUUCCAUUGCACAUACUUUUUGCAUUGUAUAGAUUUUCCAAGCACUCACAGUUGUUUUUAUUGUAGUUUGUUUGUGUUUUCCCGGUGGUCUUCUCUUCAGAGACUCAGUUUUUCAUCGUCUAAUUUAGGCCGGCUGGUUAGCGGUAAUUACUAAUGAGCCCGUCAUGGACUGGUAAUGUUCACUACCCUAUAGUUAUGUAUAAAAUCUUUGUUUGAACCA